UUCUUCCUCUGUGAAGUGAUCUCCAGCUGAGGCAUAUUGCGCUCAAGAUGUUGGCUAGAUCCUGCCUGCGCUCGACGCGCGCGGUCGGAGCUGUUCGGAAUGGCGCGGUUAACACAUCAAAGCGGGCCGCUUCCACGAGCUCCUCCACCGAAGCUGCCUCUCCUUUCCGAUUGAACAUGGCCGGAUCAGCUGCUACUACUGUUGCCAUUGGAUCAAUGGCUUGGUAUUACCAUCUUUACGGCACAGAACUGCAUGCCAUGACACCGGCUGAAGAAGGUCUUCAUCCAACAAAGUACCCUUGGGAGCAUGUAGCAUGGACAAAAACAUUUGACCACCAAGCUCUUCGUCGAGGUUUCCAGGUCUACCGCGAAGUCUGCUCAUCCUGCCACUCCCUGUCCCGAAUCCCAUACCGAUCCUUGGUCGGUGUUACUCACACUGUCGACGAAGCCAAGGCGAUGGCAGAAGAGAACGAGUACGACACAGAGCCAAACGAUGAGGGCGAAAUUGAGAAGCGACCCGGAAAGCUCUCCGAUUACCUUCCAAACCCCUACAAGAACGACGAGGCUGCUCGUGCUGCCAACAACGGAGCUCUGCCCCCAGAUUUGAGCUUGAUGGUCAAGGCCCGCCACGGAGGCUGUGAUUACAUUUUCAGCUUGUUGACUGGAUACCCCGAGGAGCCUCCCCCAGGAGUUAAACUCGCAGAUGGUCUUAACUUCAACCCAUACUUCCCUGGUACCGGAAUUGCUAUGGCCCGUGUCCUCUACAACGAUCUCGUUGAGUACGAAGACGGAACCCCCGCUUCAUCAUCACAAAUGGCAAAGGAUGUGGUUGAGUUCUUGAACUGGUCUGCGGAGCCAGAGAUGGACCAGAGAAAGAAGAUGGGCAUGAAGGUCUUGGUUAUCACCUCCCUACUGACUGCAUUGAGCAUCUGGGUCAAACGAUACAAGUGGUCUCCGAUCAAGACAAGGAAGAUUGCGUACAGCCCGCCAAAGAUGGGUGGAACUGGACCUAAUGGACACUAAAUGCUGAUGACGGGGCCUUUCAUUUGUUUCUGAGAUGGGAGCAAGCGGGGGAAGAAUUGUGCUACUAUUACUUUGUACAAAGUGGACGAGAUGAAGGGGGAUGCUUCAUUGGAGGCAUGCUAGAUCUUAGACGUGCGUUUGUGCCAAUACUUGAACCAAUUAUGUCUCAACCGAACCGUGAAGGCAAUGUAGAAUACUUCUUCCGUGUUGAAGCUCAAGGAGCUUUACUAUGAAUUGUAAAG